AUUAAACUUCCCCCGGUGCACAGCUGAUAAGCGGUUCCAUCGUGUCAGGUCCGUGUUUCCGGGUGGAACUGUUUGGCGGCGCACGGGUGUAUGAUGGCGGCAGAAGCCGGCGGAGGGGAGCCGCUGGUUCGGUUCGUGAAGCUGAGUGGGAGAGCGGCAGGUGACCGAGGGGAGGCUUCGUUUGGUUGCCUAGGUUACUCGCCUGCGGCGCGCCGUGACGUCACUGGAGGGCGACGCGCAAGUGUGGCCGGACGGACUGGCGGGCGGCGGCGCCGCGUAGCAGGUCGUCGAACGCCCCCAGCAAGAAGUGGACACCGGUGUGUGGCAGAUAAUAUUAACUUAUAUGUGUUUGGUGGGUACAACCCAGACUAUGAUGAAUCAGGUGGACCAGAAAAUGAAGACUACCCUCUCUUCAGAGAGCUUUGGCGAUAUCAUUUUGCCACAGGAACAUGGCAUCAAAUGGGUACAGAUGGCUAUAUGCCUCGAGAACUUGCGUCUAUGUCAUUGGUUUUACAUGGCUACAACCUUCUGGUGUUUGGAGGAACAGGCAUCCCGUUUGGCGAGAGCAAUGGCAACGAUGUCCACGUCUGUAAUGUGAAAUAUAAGCGUUGGGAAAAGCUAAGUUGUGAAGGAAAGAAGCCCAAUCGAAUUUAUGGUCAGGCAAUGGCCAUUAUAAAUGGCUUUCUGUAUGUAUUUGGAGGAACGACUGGUUAUAUCUAUAGUACAGAUCUGCAUCGGCUGGACCUUACUACCAGAGAAUGGAUUCAGCUGAAGCCAAAUAACCUGCCAUGUGACCUACCAGAGGAAAGGUACAGGCAUGAAAUAGCACAUGACAGCCAAAGGAUCUAUGUAUUGGGCGGUGGCACAUCUUGGACUGCAUACUCUUUAGAUAAGGUCCAUGCAUAUAACUUUGAAACCAACACAUGGGAAGACAUCCCCACCAAACCACAAGAAAAUCUAGGUUUUCCUGCUGCCAGAAGAUGCCAUAGUUGUGUCCAAAUAAAACAUGAGGUGUUUAUAUGUGGUGGUUACAAUGGAGAGGUUAUCUUGGGAGAUCUCUGGAAGCUAAACCUGCAGACCUUUCAGUGGACAAAGCUUCCUGCUCUGAUGCCUGAACCAGCGUACUUCCAUUGUGCGGCGGUGACACCGGCUGGCUGCAUGUAUAUCCAUGGAGGUGUAGUUAAUAUUCAGCAGAACAAGCGGACUGGAUCUUUAUUCAAAAUUUGGCUUGUCGUGCCCAGCCUCCUAGAACUGUGCUGGGAGAACUUGCUAAAAAGCUUCCCCCACCUUGCUCACCUUCCUGCAAAUCAGCUACUACAACUUGGACUAUCACAGGGACUCAUAGAGAGGUUAAAAUGAAAACGCCCAUUCCGCUAUCUUGCUCUGAGUUCUGCAGUGUUUAAGGAGCCUUCCCCGGGAGCACGCUGCUAAUAAGAUCUGGAUGCCUGGACCUUACUAAAACAAAAUCUGUGGCCUUCAAUCCUUUUCACGUUUUAACAAUACCAGCGCAUACAUCAGUGGUUUUAAGAUUGAUGCCUUUAUGGCCAUGAUAACUUUUUAUUCACAGUGAGGUUUAAGACUAUUUAUGCUUUAACACAUGCUUUUAACUGAUAUUUAACUUAUUUGUUUCAUCUUUGUUAGACUCGUUCCCUCCCCCAUUCUGCUUCAGUCUUGGUCUUGCAACCUGUGUGCUCUUAUCGCAUUGUAGUCUGUAGGAAUAUGUAGUAUCUGCUCCCGCUGUCUGACUCUCAUUCUUUAUAUAGCAGGUGGGAUCUGUGCAAUUCAUGCCAUCUUAUUACCACAACAUUCUGCCUUACAUUCUGCCUUGUCUUCACCUAGACACCUGACAUAAGGCCUUUGCUUAAUGAAUUGCUCUGUCAGCCCUACUUGUGCAGUCAUGUGGCUGAUCUGGAUAGUUCAUUCCAAGUCUGCAGUUAUAACACAUUGUGGAUGUAAUAACAAACUGAACUGAAGACACUCUGGUAGUAACUGUGAUCUGGGCAUGUAUUAAAAGUACACAAUAUGCUAAAACUGUGAAAA